AUGUUUUACAAGAAGGAGCAAGCUGUGGAGGAAGCUGUGGAGGAAGCUGUGGAGGAAGCUGUGGAGGACGCUGUGGAGGAAGCUGUGGAGGAAGCUGUGGAGGAAGCUGUGGAGGAAGCUGUGGAGGACGCUGUGAAGGAAGCUGUGAGGGAAGCUGUGGAGGAAGCUGUGGAGGAAGCUGUGAAGGAAGCCGUGGAGGAAGCUGUGGAGGAAGCUGUGGAGGACGCUGUGAAGGAAGCUGUGAGGGAAGCUGUGGAGGAAGCUGUGGAGGAAGCUGUGAAAGAAAUCACACCAAGACCCCCCCUACACAGCACACCAAGACCCCCCCCCCCCCGACACAGCACACCAAGACCCCCCCCCGACACAGCACACCAAGACCCCCCCGACACAGCACACCAAGACCCCCUACACAGCACACCAAGACCCCCCUACACAGCACACGAAGACCCCCUACACAGCACACCAAGACCCCCCUACACAGCACACCAAGACCCCCCUGACACAGCACACAAAGACCCCCUGACACAGCACACAAAGACCCCCCUACACAGCACACCAGGACCCCCCUACACAGCACACAAAGACCCCCCUACACAGCACACCAAGAUCCCCCCUACACAGCACACAAAGACCCCCCUACACAGCACACCAGGACCCCCCUACACAGCACACAAAGACCCCCCUACACAGCACACCAAGAUCCCCCCUACACAGCACACAAAGACCCCCUACACAGCACACCAAGACCCCCUACACAGCACACAAAGACCCCCCUACACAGCACACCAAGACCCCCUACACAGCACACAAAGACCCCCUACACAGCACACCAAGACCCCCCUACACAGCACACCAAGACCCCCUACACAGCACACAAAGACCCCCCUACACAGCACACCAAGACCCCCUACACAGCACACCAAGACCCCCCGACACAGCACACGAAGACCCCCCUACACAGCACACCAAGACCCCCCCCCCGACACAGCACACCAAGACACCCCCUCCCUACACAGCACACAAGAAGACCCCCCCCCCUACACCAGGGAUCAUCCAAAAGGUUAA